AUGAAUUCAGAAGCAAAAAGAUGGUUUUAUCCUGCUCAAGUGUUUGCUCAAUUUACUUCGAGUGGCGAGAAACCAGCGAAAUUUACUGACAAGCAAGAAAGCAGCCGGGAAAACAUGACAAAUACUGCCAAAGACAAGAGCAUUGCAUCUGAUAUUAUUCAAAUUUUUGAGACAGGCGAGAUGACAAUUGCUCCAGAUUAUGCUCAAGUUACCGUAGUUUGUACCAACGUUAAGGUAGUGUAUAAAUUUUACCGAAAUUAAAAAAGCAACCCCAAGACCCCACCUAUUUGCUUUUUGCAUAAAAUUGAAUUUCCAAGUUCUCCUAUUUUUCUGUUAGUUGCAUCCCUACCAGUGGCAUAGCCAGCUCGAUAAGUUGGGGGGACAAAUAUAUGAAUAUGUCCCCCCCCCACUUAUCGAGCUGGCUACGCCACUGAUCGCUACUUGAGGCCAUGCCUGGUAAUCAAGCCUACAUCCCUACCAAUCCGAAGUUUCCUAAUUAUAAAUUGUGAGGGCGAUUUUACAGGAUACCGUGGAAGACGUCAAGACAAGUGUCAACAAACGAGUGGAGUAUAUUUUGCAGACAUUGAGAUCACAUAACAUUGGGAAGAACUGCUACAUAGUGGAUAGAUCUUUAAUGAAAAAAGAAUCAAAGUAUGAGCUAAGAGUGGAAAUAUCUGUUCAGUUUACAGAUUUUACAAAAUGUCAAGAAGUUAGUAAUUUUUUGGUUGAGAAACUUGAUGUAAGUGUAGAAAUCUCAAGACCAUGUUUUCAUUAUAUGCCUGGGAGACUAGAGAGUUUAAGGUUAGUUUGCAAUGCAAUGAACAUUAUAAUUCUAGUGUGAAAGAUGUUAGGUUAAAGACUGGAAGAAACUGACCCUUUCCCAUAACUUUUAGGAGACAGUCAUGUGUACUAGCAGUGCAAAAUGCCAGAGUCAAGGCUCUUGAAAUAGCAAACUCUUUGAAUCAAAGUCUUGGACAAGCAAGACAUAUUCAUGAACAAUCAACUGAAGAAUACACAGGAAGAGAACAUGAAGGAAGAAACACUGAAAGAACGGAAACAUUUCAAGAACUUAUGAAGUCAGCUACAGUUACUGUGGUUACUAAAGUUUUUGUCGCUUUUGAGUUGAAAGUGAAAACAAAGAAAAGGACAAAAUAG